ACGUCAUACCCUCAAAGACGCCAAUACAUUCUAAGCGUUACCUCACAAUAGACUACUAACUGAUGUUCUAAGUCACACCUGCUCAUUAUUGGCGCGCGGCGGAGGACUGCGGGCGACCAUGGCUUCUAAUGACUUCCGGGUCGAUGUAGACCUGGCGUGUCGGGCCGCCGAUGACUUCAUAAAUCUGUAUUACGAAACCGUUGACAAGAGGAGAAGGCAACUUGUAAAACUCUAUAUGGAUACUGCAACUUUAGUUUGGAACGGCAAUCCGAUUUCUGGACAGAAUGCUCUUAUUGAAUUCUUUGAAAUGUUACCGUCGAGUGACUUUACAGUGAAUAUGGUCGACUGUCAACCAGUGCAUGAAACGGCUACUCAAGGCCAGAAGACUGUGCUGGUUGUUGCAAAUGGAGCUGUAAAAUUUGAAGGGAAUAAACGUCACUACUUUAACCAGAUUUUCCUCCUGACUCUGCAUACCACCCCAUCAAACAGCGUGUGGAAGAUUGCAAGCGACUGCUUCCGCUUUCAAGAUUGGGCCAACGCCUCAUAAAGCGUCACUUGGAGCUGGACUUUUUUUUUCGUGGAGGAUGUUUUGCUCGGAAGAAAAGACUCAAGUAUGAGAGAAGAUUUUGUUUCAGUAUAGCAGAUUUAAUAAAAAA